AUGGAGCGGCUGCGGGACGUGCGGGGCCGGCUGCAGGCGUGGGAGCGGGAGUUUGCGCGGCUCCACGGGCGGCGGCCCUGCCAGGAUGAUGUGGAGGCGGCGCCGGAGGAGACCCGAGACCUCUACAGGGAGUAUCGUACUUUGAAACAAGCUGUGCGUCAGGCCUGCGGCGCGGCCCGCAGCUCCGGACCGCCGCUUCCCGCGGUGACCCAGGAGGCACCAGAGCCCAGCUGCUGGGGACCCCACCUGAAUCGGGCUGCAACCCAGAGUCCACAGCUUACUGUAGCGCAGAGCCGGUGGGCAUCAUCUGUUCAGGACUAUGGGAAGAGGCUCAAGGCCAAUCUGAAGGACACCACCCUGCAGAUUGGGCCAGCCCUGGGCAGAAGAUUCCAGUCUUCACAAAGGCCCUUGUCCAAGGUGCCCACCCCAAGGCCACCAGAUGCGAAGACCACCUCCACCCAUGCAGAUGAGAUUGGUGAUGUAUUUCUCCAGCCUUCUGGACCCCAACCAAUGCCAGGCCGACUCCAGCGGCUCCAGGCAUCCCGGCGCCUUGGUCUGGGCUCUCUAGACCCCCACUGGCUGCAGCGGUGUCAGAACAUGGCCUCUGAUUUUCCGGAGGCCCCCAGUGCCUGCUGGCCUGGCCUGGGUGCAGAGGAAUCACAUUCUGUGGCCUCGGGUGAUUUGGCCAUUCUUGGCCCUGACACUCAGGCCGAGGCAUCUCCUCCGGGCCCAGAGGCUUCUUCCCCACAGGCAGCUAGGGUUGCUUUGGGGAGCCCCCCACUCAGCAACAGUAAAAAGAAGUGGAAGUGGAGUAAGGAGAACUGGGGGAGCCCUGCACAGGGCCAUUGGGUCAGCAGCCACACAGCGCCUGAGGGGGCUGUGGCAAUGGCUUCAGCACUUGAGAAAGACUCUUCAGAAGAACAGAUAGAGGUGAAACCUCCGCAGCCGCACAGCAGCUCAAGUGGAGUCAGGGCAGAGAAGGCCGAGGUCAUGGCCCACAUGCACACGCCCCCUCGACCAGCUGGCCUUGACAGGGGUAAUUACGUUCGUCUCAACAUGAAGCAAAAACGCUAUGUGCAGGGUAGGACCUCUCGAGGCAGGCUCCUUCAAAAGCAGGUCCAGAAGCAAAAGUGGCAAAAAAAGGGGGAACGUUUUAGGGGUGGUAGACUUAGAGCCACAGUUGAGGAUUCUUGUUUCCAGUGUGGGAAGUUGGGCCACUGGGCAUCUCAUUGCCCCCAGCCAGGUCCAAGCACCAUCCAGAAGGAGGGUAGCAAGGACAAGGAUGGUGUACAGCCCUCUUCUGCUUUGGACAAAGCAGCUCAGUUGACAGGCACCACUUACUCCCACCCCCCUGGUGAGGACACAGAACCUACUGAGCCCCAGCUCCAGGCCCCCCACCCUUCCCACUCAGUGCGGCCCCUCUACCCACCAGGGCCCUCAGGGCAGGUGGCAGAGACUCCUCUUGAGGUGUUCCAGGCCUUGAAGCAGCUAGGGCACCAAGCCUUCCGCCCUGGGCAGGAGCAAGCGAUCAUGCGAAUCCUGUCUGGCAUCUCCACGCUGCUGGUGCUGCCCACAGGUGCUGGCAAGUCCCUGUGUUACCAGCUUCCCGCACUGCUGUAUGGCCAGCGUGGUCCCUGUGUUACGCUGGUGGUCUCUCCCCUCCUGUCACUCAUGGACGACCAGGUGUCCGGCUUGCCCCCCUGUCUGAAGGUAGCCUGCCUCCACUCAGGAAUGACCAGGAAGCAGCAGGAGUCUGUCUUGAAGAAGGUACAGGCGGCCCAGGUGCAGGUGCUGCUGUUGUCCCCGGAGGCCCUGGUUGGGGUUGGGACCAGAAGCCCCGGCGCUCUCCCCCAGGCUGCCCAGCUCCCGCCAGUGGCCUUUGCCUGCAUCGAUGAGGCCCACUGCCUCUCCCAGUGGUCACACAACUUCCGGCCUUGUUACCUUCGUGUCUGCAAAGUGCUCCGGGAGCAGCUGGGUGUGCGCUGCUUCUUGGGUCUCACAGCCACGGCCACGCGUGGCACGGCCCGUGAUGUGGCCUGGCACCUAGGUGUCUCCGAAGACCUUGACCUCGUCGGUACGUCGCCCACCAUCCCCGCCAACCUGCAUCUCUCCGUGUCCAUGGACAGAGACCCAGAACAGGCUCUGGUGACACUACUACAGAGUGACCGGUUUCGUUCCCUGGAUUCCGUCAUUGUUUACUGCAACCGACGUGAGACUACAGAGAGGGUUGCUGCGCUCCUUAGGACAUGCCUGUGUGUGGAGAGAGGCCCAGGACCUAGAGGUCAGGCCCCUGAAGCUGUGGCUGAAGCGUACCACGCUGGCAUGUGCAGCCGGGAGCGGCAGCGAGUGCAGCGGGCUUUCAUGAAGGGCCAGCUGCGUGUAGUGGUGGCCACCGUGGCCUUUGGGAUGGGGCUGGACCGGCCAGACGUGCGGGCUGUGCUGCACCUGGGACUGCCCCCCAGCUUCGAGAGCUACGUGCAGGCGGUAGGGCGCGCCGGCCGCGACGGACAGCCCGCACACUGCCACUUAUUUCUGCAUCCCCAGGGUGAAGACCUGCAGGAGCUGCGCAGACAUGUGCACGCCGCCAGCACCGACUUCCUGGUUGUGAAGAAGCUGGUGCAGCGGGUAUUCCCACCCUGUGCCUGCCCUUGGCUGCCCCCAGAGCAAGCCGAGGGUAUCACCGGCGUGAGGCCUGUGGCCAAGUCGAAGGCCAGGCCCAGUGGCCAACAAGCAGCUCGUGUGCCAGGACCAGCAUGCCCAGGCCAUGAGCGGGCACUCCCAGUGCAGCCGACGGUGCAGGCCUUGGACCUGCCGGAGGAGGCCAUUGAGACUCUACUGUGUUACCUGGAGCUGCACCCCCAGCGCUGGCUGGAGCUGCUGCCAGCCAUCUACGCUCAGUGUCACCUGCAUUGUCCUGGGGGCCGCACCCAGCUGGCCCACCUGGCCCACAAGUCUCCCCUUGUGGCUGCAUGCUGGGCCAGGUGGCCGCCUGAGGACGCGUGUGGGGGCAGCUGCUCCCUGAAGUUGGACGUGGUGGAGCUCGCAGAGUCCAUGGGCUGGGAGCUGGUCUCUGUGCAGCGGGCUCUCUACCAGCUGCAGCGGGACCCCGGGCCAAGGACAGAUACGCUGCGGGACACCAGAGUGUUUGUGGAGUUCAAGGAGCUGGCCUUUCACCUGCGUAGCCCCGGAGACUUGACAGCUGAGCAAAAGGACCAGAUCUGCGACUUCCUACAUAACUGUGUGCAGGCCCGGGAGCGCAAGGCCUUGGCCCGUCUGCGCCGGAUCUUUGAGACCUUUCACAGCAUGGCCUUCCCCAGCUGUGGGCCCUGUCUGGAGCAGCCUGACCAGGAGUGCAACACCCGACUAAAGGCCCUCAUCAGCCACUAUUUUGAGGAAGAGGAAGAGGAGGGUGUGGAGGAAGAGCAGGGCUCAGAGCCCGGGCAAGUGCAGGUGAGCGUAGUCCCUCUGAAGGUGAUUGCUGAGGCAGUGGGGAGCAGCAGACCCACUGCACCCCAUAGUCUGACCCCUGCCUUCUCUGGCUUGAGGCUUCCUAGACUGCUCCAAGCUUGGCUGGGAGCUCCAGGGAGAUGGUGUGCCGCCCGCCCACAGGUCCAGGACUGGGAAGACCAGAUCCGCCGAGACACCCGUCAGCUCCUGUCACUGUGGCCAGAGCAAAGCUUUUCAGGCCGGGCUGUGGCCCGUAUCUUCCAUGGCAUUGGAAGCCCCCGCUAUCCAGCCCAGGUUUAUGGGCAGGACCGACGCUUCUGGAGAAAGUACCUGCACGUGAGCUUCCGUGCGGUGAUGCGCUUAGCCACGGAGGAGCUUCUGGUGAGGGACAGGUGACCACCUUGCACAGGGGGCAUUGCCCCACAGACAUGACACAGCCUGGGCUCUGUGGCCACUCCACGAGGUGUCAGGCGUGUGACUCAUCAAGACAACACUGGCCCUCAGUGGCCAGGACAGUA